CACCAUUCCAUGUCCCUCUCCACACUCCACAUUUUCCAUCUCCCUUUUUUGACUAACCAUUAACUAUCAUAAAUAUCCCCCACAUUAUAACUCUUCUUAUUCACUUACCAACCUUCACAUCAAAACAAUGGCGGUUGAUGUCUGCAUUGAAAUCUCCAGCCCUAGAAUCUCCUUCUCCUACGAUCUCAACGAAUUCGACCUCGUCCCCGUCGAAUCGCACAAUCAUCUUCAUCUGAAUCCAACAAUCGACUUCGAUUCAUACCUCGCCCAAAACCUCCAAAUCUCCUCCGCCGACGAGCUCUUCGCCAACGGAAAAAUCCUCCCCGUCCAGAUCAAAACCACCGCUCCGCCAAAUCAAAUCGAAAAUAUCGAUUGCAAUACCAACCAAAACACGAAGAAGAAGCGGCUGGUCGAGUUCCUCUCCGCCGACGAAGACGAGGAAGAGGGGAAGCCGAUCGCCAAAUCGUUCUGGCAAUUCCGCCGCAGCAGCAGCGUCAACUCCGAUCGCGGCGGCCUGCUUCGAUCGCUGCAGUUUCUGACGCGGAGCAACUCCACGGGAUCCGUUCGGAAUCCGAAGCCGUCGGGAUUGGCGAAAGUGAUGCGGAAGCAGAAUUCGCUGCGGGAAGCGCCGAUUAAUCGGCGGACCUCGGCGGCGGCGGGGCUCAAUCAAUACUACCAUUACAAUAAGCCAUCGUUGGGGAAGAGCAGCAGCAGCAGAUCGUACGGCAAUGGAGUUCGGAUUACUCCUGUUUUGAACAUUGCCCCAAAUUAUACUGUAAGUUUAUUCAGAAUCGGCUCUCUUUUUUGCAGUAAAAAAUCAAAGAAGAAGAGAAAAUGAUGAUAUAAUUUUAUUUUAUUUUAUUUUUCCUUUUUUUAAAUUUUGAAAUUUUACGGAUGAAAGUUUUGCUUUGAAAUGUACAUAUUUCUUGUAAUUGAAUUAUUGUAUAUCCACUUAUCUGGACAUUAUGGGCUUCCACAGUCACAUGUAAAGAAUUAUUCACUCGUUA